AUGAGAACCUAUGCCCACCACAAUUUCUGCUCCCACAAAACAGAGGAAUCAACUUCCCAACUUCCUACAACAACACAUCUUAUAACACCUACUACUGAAACAACAACACAAUCUGAAGAAAUUAUUACAACUCACACUGCAGAACCUCUAACAGCGACAACAAAACUACCAUCUCUAACAACUCUAGCCGAAGAAGUAGAAACAUCUAUGCCCACCACAAUUUCUGCUCCCACAGUGAGUACACCAACUCAAACCACUAUUGCUUCCUCAACUGCAGAACAUACGACUGUCACUGAACUGCCACGCACUGACAAAACUACAACUGAAGCUACCACAUUCACAUCCACUGAAAAGACUCCAGAAACAACCACACAAACAGGCACACCAGAAAUGAUUACAGCACCUGUCACCGACGCAACUGCACACAUUGCAUCAACAACUCAAAUUCAAACAGAAACCGACAAGACAACUUCCCAACUUCCUACAACAACACAUUUCAUAACACCUACUACUGAAACAACAACACAACCUGAAGAAAUUAUUACAACUCACACUGCAGAACCUCUAACAGCGACAACAAAACUACCAUCUCUAACAACUCUAGCCGAAGAAGUAGAAACAUCUAUGCCCACAACAAUUUCUGCUCCCACAGUGAGUACACCAACUCAAACAACUAUUGCUUCCUCAACUGCAGAACAUACGACUGUCACUGAACUGCCACGCACUGACAAAACUACAACUGAAGCUACCACAUUCACAUCCACUGAAAAGACUCCAGAAACAACCACACAAACAGGCACACCAGAAAUGAUUACAGCACCUGUCACGGACACAACUGCACACAUUGCAUCAACAACUCAAAUUCAAACAGAAACCGACAAGACAACUUCCCAACUUCCUACAACAACACAUCUUAUAACACCUACUACUGAAACAACAACACAACCUGAAGAAAUUAUUACAACUCACACUGCAGAACCUCUAACAGCGACAACAAAACUACCAUCUCUAACAACUCUAGCCGAAGAAGUAGAAACAUCUAUGCCCACAACAAUUUCUGCUCCCACAGUGAGUACACCAACUCAAACAACUAUUGCUUCCCCAACUGCAGAACAUACGACUGUCACUGAACUACCACGCACUGACAAAACUACAACUGAAGCUACCACAUUCACAUCCACUGAAAAGACUCCAGAAACAACCACACAAACAGGCACACCAGAAAUGAUUACAGCACCUGUCACGGACACAACUGCACACAUUGCAUCAACAGCUCAAAUUCAAACAGAAACAGAGGAAUCAACUUCCCAACUUCCUACAACAACACAUAUUAUAACACCUACUACUGAAACAACAACACAAUCUGAAGAAAUUAUUACAACUCACACU